CUCAGUUUAACAGUUUACCGAUCAUGAAUCUGCCUGCCGAAAUUGUGGCGCGUAUUGUUGACGAGCUCCGCGAUCAUUCCAAGGCUCUCGCGCAGUGCGCUCUGACCAAUCACUCAUGGCUGUCCUAUGCGCGGAAGGUCCUCUACCACACGGUAACGCUGAGCAGCGAGAAGCGAGCGCAACAUUUCUGCAGCCUCAUCCACAAAAACUUGGAGAUCACAAACUGCGUUCGAGUCCUGAAGUUCAACGUCUAUUCGUACUACAUGUCGCAAAAGCAGUACACAUCUCAGGGCCUGCAGGGCUGGGUCCCUUCUACCGCCGCACUCCUUGCGUCCCGGCUGCCUAGCGUUUCUACCAUUCAUUUCGAAUAUAUACAGUGGCAAAUACUCCAUGGCUUCGAUCGGAACCUCCUCGAUGCAUUGUCAGACUUCGCUAAAGUCAGAACAGUUCGCUUCUGGGCUUGCACUUUUGCGACUUUCGCAGAAUUCGAAGAUAUCCUGCUUGCGCUACCUGCGUUGAGAAGACUACAGCUAGACAGCAUCUCGUGGGGGCAGCCACUUACGAAACCGCCGUACACGUUACGGCUAGACAGCCUCAGCACGUCGGCCCACUAUUCGCUCCAAGCACUGUGCCAAUGGCUGGACAAGAUCCAGGCGCACACGACCCUCUACGAGCUCGAACUCGAUCAUCUCUACGACGAAGAUGACCUCCGCUACGCAGGCAAAAUUCUAUCAAAGUUGGAUACCACUCUCCAAAGCUUGACGAUCUGCUGCCGGUUCUCGUGUGAUGGCUAUAGCAGACUGCAAGACAUUGGCCAAUGGCUCCGCAUCGAACGCAGCACGGCACUGAGGACGCUGCGCAUUCGAGUUUACGACCUCGUUCCGGAAUAUAUGCAUUGGAUAACAAAACUUUUACGCCUCAUCGAAGCACCUAAUCUCACGACACUGGUCUUCGACGUCUGCCUCUUCAUGCCCAGCCAAACAUACGGAGAAGUUUGGGACGACAUCGCGUGGCUGCUCUCAGAGUCUCCGCGAUAUGCUUCUCUACGGCGCGUGCGAUUUGUCCACCGCGGGCCUCUGAUGAUGGAAAUCGCUGCUGCGGCGCUGUGUCGACAGUUUCCGAUACUUCACUUGCGCGGCGUCUUAGAGGCAGAGGACCAGCGAAACCCUGAUCUCUUGACCUGUGCCAUUUGA